CGUCACAGGAAGUGGGAGGCGCCACCUGCUGGCGCCAGAGACCGGAAGUGAGCGUUGCCCGGGCGUGGCUGUGCGGUGAAGGGCUGUGAGGUGAGCGUGGCGCCGCUGAGGUAGGAAAGGGCCCCGAGUCCCGGCUUGGCUCCUCCAAACAAUUCACCUCACUUGAAAUCAGCUCCUUCGUUUUCAGCAUGGAAGACACUUACAUUGACUCCUUGGACCCUGAAAAGCUAUUGCAGUGCCCCUAUGAUAAAAACCACCAGAUCAGGGCCUGCAGGUUUCCUUAUCAUCUUAUCAAGUGCAGAAAGAAUCAUCCUGAUAUUGCAAACAGAUUGGCUACUUGUCCCUUCAAUGCUCGCCACCGGGUUCCUCGGGCUGAAAUCAGUCACCAUAUCUCGAGCUGUGAGGACAAGAGUUGCAUUGAGCAGGACGUGGUCAACCAGACCAGGAACCUUGGACAAGAGACUCUGACUGAGAGCACAUGGCAGUGUCCCCCUUGCGAUGAAGAUUGGGACAAAGAUUUGUGGGAACAAAGUACUACUCCAUUUGUCUGGGGCACAGCAAGCUUCUGUGAUGACAACAGUCCUGCUAGCAACAUAGUUAUGGAGCAUAAGAGCAACCUGGCUUCAGGCUUGCGAGUUCCCAAGUCUCUGCCAUAUGUUCUGCCAUGGAAAAACAAUGGAAAUGCACAGUAACUGAAUAUCUUUCUCAAAUGCCAGACCCUGGAAGACUCUUGCUUCUUUCUGCUACCUAAGAGUUCUUUUUUUUUUUCCUCCUUAUCUAAUUAGAGAAUGAUAAAAAUUGUCUGGCUUUCAAACUGACAAGUGCCUUUUUUUUUCCCCUCCACUCUGAGUCCUCACUAAUUUGAUACAAGAGCCCUUAUACUCAGAAGAACAUCUUCUGAAUACUCUGUUUUUUGUUCAGAAUCCUCAGGACAUCUUGCUGCCUGAAUAUUUCCAACAUAGUUUAGAUUUUGUUUUAUUUAUCUCCCUACAUUCCAGCUAGAAAAUUUACUAGCUUUCAAACUAGGCGUAGACUUUGUAGGGAUAAAGAUUGGAAUGAAGAGGAGGAACAAAUGUACACAAACAGAAGAGAGAUGAGCUUUCCACCUGUGUGUGAAAUCUGAUUAAACUUCAAAGUUUAAAUAUAUGAGGGCAUUGGUGUCUGCCCCUGGGACAUGUCUAACAGUUUAGAUUGCUGAACACUGAAGGCUCUGACUACCCUAGCACUAUCCCUUUCAAGGAGACUUCAUAAUCUCCCCAGACCAACUUUUGUGGGAAUUUGUUGUUGUGUUUUUUUUGUUGUUGUUGUGUUUUUAUCCUCUGGUGCUAGGGAUUAAACCCAGGGCUUUGUACAUAUUAAGCACAUUGCUAUUCCAUUAAGCUCCACCUCUAACCUUUCAAGACCAUUUUUGGUUGUUUUGUUUUCAGCUUUGCUUUGGUUUGGUUUUAAAACUCUGUAUAGCAUGGGAAAAGAUUUGGGAUCUGGCAUAGAUAGGGACUUGGAUAAAGUAUACUGACAAAUACCCUCUCUAGUGUUGUUUGCAGGUGACAGAUAAGAAAGGGGAAUGGGCUUCUGAAGAAUGUCUCUUUCCAGGAGUUUUACACAAAACAAGAUACUGUCCAGAGCGGUCUUGUUUAUUUAGUUCCAAACUCUAAAAACAGUGCCAAGAUAAGGUCCAAUACAAUAUUCUCUCUUUUUGUAGCUGUGUGGUCUUAUGCAAAUCACUAGACUGUUUCUUAUGUAGAGGGGUCAUAUACUGGGGGGAAAAUAAACACUAUAUG